GUUUAUCUUUCAGUGAUUGACUGCUUUUCUCAAUCUUUAUGAGUUGGAAUGAACUAUAUAAUUGCAUGACGGAUUUUUCUGUUUUUCCUACUCAUUCAACUAUUAACUCGCAUUUCAUGAUUUUGUAUAAUCGUGGUUUCUUGGAUUCUGAAAUGUAUCUUGAAGAAACAUUCCGUCCCCGAGUGAAGACAUUUCAGGAAGAAGGAAACAGAUGAGGAACAUAUAAUAUAAAUUGCCAUUGAACUCGAGCUAUCCGGAUAUAGAAUUGAGAUUGAAUGAGGAGACAAUUUGCUCAGACAUAAAAACCCCUCCAUGUGAAAAGCAAGUAUGGUGCCAGAUUACUAGGGAGAAGGAUCAUAACUCUGCCUUAAUGAAGAAUAAGUGGUAUGCUGUUUAUCCACCCUGGUAUAGUUUAUGUCUGAUGAGUAAUUUGGGUGUUCAGUAAGAAAUUUCUUUUAGCAUUUCACAAAAUGUUUGAAAUGAUUAGUUCUGUUUAAGUAAACUUGACAGUGACAACUCCUAUUUAUGAAUCAAGUAAAAGUUUCUUGCAAAAGCCAAGCAGCUGGCCUUAUAAUUGUAGUUUUUGGUAUUCAUGAUGAUCUAUCUUUGCAUCUACUUUUUUUUCAUAUGGCAUGGAUGUGUUUGAAACAUAGUACGUAGUAUAACAGUCUUACAAGUUAUAAGUGGCAUGCAUGCUACUUUGGUUUGUUCCAUCAUAAUUUCAACCAUUGGAGAGACACCUUAUGUGGCGUUAUAGAAGUUUCUAGGUACACCAUUGGAGAGACAAAUUAAAAAAGAUGAUAGAUUUUUAUUUUGAUGUGGCAUUCAUGUGGACAAGUCGAAGCUGCUUUUUUGGGUAUACCAUUGGGAGUACCCUAACAAAACAUUACUUCUAUUGGAUAGGACUUGUGAUGCGUGGUUGAUUUGAUUAUCCUUUCUCUUACAUGAAAUUUGACCCUUGCAGAGGACUUACUUAUUGCUGUCUGUCUGGAUAUCAUAUAUCUCAUCCCAUUUUACUUUCUGAUUAUUAUGUCCGUUGGCCAGGUUACCUAUGAUCGUGUACAUAUGCUUCCUUUCUUGCUGUUGACUGUUGUCCUUUUGCAAUACUUCUUAGCAGAAUCCACAUAACAGCUAAUCUAUGUAGUAGAGAACUGCUUUUUAUUUUUCAUGCUGUUGUUCAAUUUUAUAUAAAGAUCUAAGAACUUUACACCUUUUCUUGUGGAAACUAGUUGUAGUUCGAUCCUUGUUGAUGGUGCAGUUGUUAAAGAAGAUGAUACGAGCCCCAUUAGAUGUGGUAGCGAAAUGAUUCUAGGUCCUGUGGCCGACGGUGAGAGUUGAUAUAGCCCAUUUGUAUCAAGUCUUAUUCCUUAUGUUCUUUUAUACUCACAGUGACAAGUAAUACGAUUGUGCAACAGUUCAGCUUUUUCACAUCUAAAUACUACUAGUAGUUAUUAAUAUUAACUCUUGCAAACUAUCCAUAUCUUAUUAGUGAAAAUCACUUCUUUGAAUUAUGUUGAUUACAUAAUAUGCUGUUAGAAUGGUUUCAUUGCUAAAUCAUUUUAGAUGUGCUAAUAGUGAGUUGCUAUCAUAGUGUCAAGGGAAACUAGUCCAUCCUUCUGGUUUUUUUGUCUUCUUGGCUUCUUGCUCGGGAAGCAGAUUAAGCUGUCUUCAACAUAAAAAUUAUCUAUUUUUGCUUGCAUCACUAAAACAUGGAACACUCGUGUUGGUAUUUAUGUUCCGCAAGGCAACAACUUUAAGAGUCCUUACUUGUGCAUUUUAUUGGUACAGGGUUCUUGAGGUAUGUGUUCAAAGUAAUGCCUGCAAAAGAAAUUUGCAAGAAACAGCUGAAGAUCCUGAGCACGCCAAGUGUCCAAUAUGCCUAAAUGUUUGGCAUGAUGUAGUAACUGCCGCACCAUGUCUCCACAAUUUCUGCAAUGGAUGCUUUUCAGAGUGGCUAAAAAGGAGUCAAGAAAGACGUGCUAGUGUUAUAUGUCCUCAAUGCAGAUCAGUUGUGCAAUUUGUUGGACGAAACCAUUUUUUGCACGGUAUAGAAGAGGAUAUAUUGCAAUCCGAUUCUUCUUUAAGGCGUUCAGAUGAAGAGCUUGUACUUUUGGAUUCCUGUUCAACAAUUAAGUCACCCCUCGUUGUUAGCCGUGGAAAAAAUAUGAGUCACAAGCGGGCCCGUGCUCAAUCUGCCGAGGGGAGUGGAAGGGAUUUAUCAUGUCCUCAGUGUGAUAGAGAAUAUGGUGGUUUUCAGUGCAAUGAAAGAACAGUUCAUCUUCAAUGUCAAGCAUGCUCUGGCAUGAUGCCUUCCAGAUCAAAUGCUCCUGUGCCGCAGCACUGUUUAGGAUGUGACCGGGCAUUUUGUGGUGCCUACUGGCAUGCUAUGGGGGCUGCUGGUUCUGAUGUAUAUCCAGUAUGCAAUCAAGAAACUCUAAAGCCUAUUGCUGCCCACUCUCUCACUAGAUUACCGUUUUUAGCACAUGAAAAGAAUCGACAUGAACAAGAUAUAACAGAUAAAUGUAUCAGGCAGAUGGGAAGACCAUUGCAGGAUGUGAUUUCAGAAUGGAUAAGAAAAAUGAGUAACCGGGAAGUAGACAGGACGAGGCUUCUGUUGAAUCACUCUGAAACGAUUACUUCCCAGACCUAUGUUUGCCGUGAUUGCUAUGACAAAUUGGUCUCAUUUCUAUUAUACUGGUUCCGGAUCACAUUGCCAAAACAUUGUCUACCCCAAGAAGCACAGCAACGCGAAGACUGCUGGUAUGGAUAUGCAUGUCGGACACAGCACCAUAACGAGGAGCAUGCUCGUAAGAGGAACCAUGUAUGUCGUCCAUCUAGGGGUGCUCGUACGCCUUGAUGUAUGUUUCACUAUCACUUUUAGUGCCAAUACAUUUUUUUGUCAUGAUAAAAUUGGGUUCCAUAUUUUGCACUUUGAAUGAUUCAUGUUCUUUCUUUAGGUGCUAUUUCAACUUGUAAUUGUUUCUUCAUAUUUCUCCCUCUUAUAAAUCUA